AGCGCCGGAUCGGGAUCGGAGCCGGAGCUGGAGCCGGGAUUCGGAUCGGGAUCGGAGCCGGGAUUCGGAUCGGGAUCGGAGCCGGAGCGGGUGAUGUGCCAUGGCUGAUCCUCUCUCCAAAUCCGACCUCGUGGCAGCCUUGGCUCUCUUUGCUGGUGACCCAACCUACUUUCAGCUGGAUCAUGGAACCUUUGGACAGACAGUGCCGUGUAAACCUAAAACAGGAGUGGAUCCCUGUGAGGUUUGGUGCUCGCUGCCCGUGGAGAAAUUGAGGGAAAUUUGCAACGUGAUCAAAAUCCGGAUUUUCUGGUGUGCCCUGUUCACCAGGGAGAGCACGUCCUUCGUGGACACCUUCUGUUUGAUGUUCCUGGACUGGGACAUGAAGAAAGUUUAUGAGUUCAAUGUCAUGGAGGACCUUGCUGAUUUAAUUAAAAAAGUUGUUAACAUUCCCCAUUUCAUCAGUGGCAUCCUGAGGAUUGGCACUGGGAUAGAAAAUGGGCUGUUCCCCCUCGGCGAGGCGCUGGACUGGGUGCGCUGCGUGGGCGCCCCGGGGAUGCUGCAGGACCUGGAGCACAUGGGCGACUUCGGCCGCGUCAUCCUGGCCAUGUUCUUCUCCGAGUGGAAGCGCUACAUCACCAAGGUGGCCCUGGAGGAUUUCGAUUUGGUGGCCGAUCUCAAAGCUGUGACCUGUGAGAGCUCCAGGAAGAAGAGUGAAGCCAUGAAGCAGAAGGGAAAUGCUGAAUUCUCCCAGGGGGCCCUGGGCUCUGCCAUCGUGUCCUACACCAAAGCCAUCGAGUUCUGCCCUACCAACCACCUGCUGUAUGGGAACCGAGCUCUGUGCUUCAUUCUCACCAGGCAGUACGGGAGAGCUGUACUUGAUGGGAAAAGAGCCAUAGUUCUCAAGCCUGACUGGCCAAAGGGUCACCACCACUACUGCAAGGCCCUGGCGCUGCUGGGCAAGGCGGAGCUGGCGCUGGUGGCCAACGAGAAGGCGCAGGAGCUGUGCCGGGCCAGCCCCGAGGGGCUGCGGGAGCUCGUGCAGCAGAACGAGAAACUGCGGAGGGGCUGCCAGGACAGCCCGGGUACUGAGCAUAAACAGAAGGCGAGGAAGACUCUGCCUGAGAAAAAGGACCGAAGUUCCUCAAAAUCCCCUCCAGGAACUUCCCAGGAGCAGAAAGGAGCAGGGGAGGAGAGGAGGAGGAGCCUUGAGGAGCCCAAACACCCCCAGGGGGCUGAACUGCAGGAGACGGACAAGGUGACUGAGCCCCAGAGAGCAGAAGGCAAAGGUUCCACGCUGGAGCAGCCUCCAAACCAAAGCCAGCAAAGCAAACGAAAGCCAAAAACCAAAACUAGUGACGAUGAAAAAAUGAGGGAUCAUGUGGAUUUGAAGAGGGAAAAAGCCAUGGAGGAUCAAGGUUUCUGUGCUGUGCCACAGGUGGAUUUCAGUGCAGAUGGAAAAUCCCUUGGGCUGGAGGGCGAUGGAGCCUCGCUGGCCAGGGACAAACCCGUUAUACUGCCCCUGCUAAAAGCCUUGAACGCUCCAGAAUUCACGGUGGAUUUCAGCUGCCUGCCCGAGGGUGUGAAGGCGCUGGCCCGCGAUGGCUGCCGGGCCCUGCAGGAGCAGCAGUGCCACGACGCCGAGCUCGCCUUCUCGCAGCUCCUCAGCAUCUUCUACAGCUCGGGCCUGGCGUAUAUGAAUAAUGUGAAUAUUCUUAAUAUUAAUUAUGUUAUAUUCCUCUAUGGACAUGCCACUGCCCUCCUGGGAAUGGGACAUCCUGAGGCAUUGGCAAAAGCUGAAGUUCAGUUUAAGAAAAUAAUGGAGAAAUAUCCAGAAGAAAGUUGUUCUUUUUUGGCACACUAUGGAAUUGGGAGGGUUUACUGUUCCAAAUCCAGGUUUGUUCAUGCCCUCCACCAAUUCCUGAGGUCAAAGCUGAUGAUUGAUCACAAUCUUUUCCCUGGAGUUUUAACCUGGCCAGGAACAACUCAGGUCAUCGAGGAGACGCGAAUAGAGAAUUUACAGAUGGCUUUAAGGAAUUAUAUUGAGGAAUGUAAAUUCCCCCCAGAGCCAGAUGCUGUUUGUCGAUAUCAGCAGUGCCAUGGCUACUCCAAAAUCCAAAUAUAUUUUACAGACCCAGACUUUAAGGGUUUUAUACGUGUUAUCUGCUGUCAGCAGUGUAGAGUGGAAUUCCACAUCAGCUGCUGGAAAAAGCUGAAAACAGCAAGCUACAGUGAUAAAAAUGAUAAGGAUUUCCUUAAGGAAAUGUGUUUUACUCCUGAUUGUAAAGGCCUUAUUUCAAAAAUAGUUAUUUUCAGUCCUCCUGGGGUGGUAAAAUGUGAAUUUGAACAAAAAAUCCCAAAACUGAAGGAACCCCCAAGGGCCUGUAUAAAACAGAAAUGCACAAGCCUUAGGAACAUAAAACUAAAGCAAGAAAAGAAGAAAUGGCGAAAGGAAGCGCGGGAGGCGGCCAGGAGGAGCUGUGCCAGGAGAGAAGCUGAGCAGAAGCAGGAGGGGAGCGAGCAGCCCCAGGGCAGCCAGCACAGGGGUCCUGGCCAGGAUUUAUACGCUGGGGACCAAAUCCUGCAGCACAUCCGGCGCCAUUCCGAGAAGAUCAAAGCUGCUGUCCCUGACACUGCCAGGCUGCUGAAGGAGUUGCUGGCCUGGGGGGUGAUCAGGGAGCAGGAUUUCAGCUCUUAUUCCCAAAUCCACGGUGCCCAGGAGGUGCUGGAGCAGCUGCUGAGCUCCGUGAUGCAGGAGAGGAGCCGGGUGCGGAGCAGGGCCUUCCUGCACGUGCUGAGCCAGCUGGCAGAGGUGGAUGCCAAAGUGCACAAGUGGCUGCAGCACCUGGAUCACCGGGGUCUGACAGCUACAAAAAAUUUUCUCCUUCAAUAUGGCCAAGUUCUGCAAGAGCUUGACUUUUCUAUUUUAACUCCACUGUGGAACCAGAAAUAUGGCAGUAAAUUUGAUAGUGUGGCAGCUGGUGGUGGAAAGAAAGAAAUUUGUGAUUAUUUCCUCGCCCCUCCCCUAGAGAAAUCCCGGUGUUUUAUAUGGCUUUUAGAAGAAAACAGACAACAUUUCCCACAGCUCCAUCAAGCUUUAGAUGAAUUCUUUGAUAAAAUGGAUGAUCCAACCAUUAUAUUAAAGAAGCAGGGAAAUGAGAAUUUAUCAAAUAAUGAAAUCAAAGUUAAAAAUAAAAACAGGAAGAAGAAUUUGAAAGAUUCAAAGUCUAUUUUAGUAUUAUCCAGUGGAGUUAGUACAGCACCACGAGAAGAAGAGAAGAGAUUUAUAGAAGAAAAUAAUGUGUACGGAGAUUUUCCAAAUGAAAAUCCCUUUGUAGUCCCAGAACAUCUCCAGGAUCAACUGGAGGAAUUCGAAGCUCGCUAUAAUAUUGCAAAUAGUAACAAUUAUCAGAUUAAUAAUAAUAAUAAUCCAGAUCCAAUCUCUGAGAAUUUAUAUGAUUAUUUCUCUCAAAUCUUGGAACAACAUGGCCCUCUGGAAAUUAAUAAUAAGCUGCUGAUUGGGGAAUAUGAAAAUUUCCCUGAGGAGACGCGGAAGGUGGUGGAAGAUGGCGGCGGCCUGGAGGCCUUCCUGCUGAAAUCCCUUCGGUUCAUCAUGGUGGACAAUCUGAUUGGCCUGAAGAAGCACUCGGCCCUUUUUGAAGGAGAUCCAAGCAGAAAUGAAAAUAAAGAUGAAAAUCCACCUGGGGAAUGCCAGGGGAAUCCUGCCCCCAGCAAGCUGCCCCUGAAUCCCUAUGCCCAGGAGUUCAGACCUCUCUCGUACCCCGUGGAUGCCCCCUUGGCAGCAGCUCCUGAUUUAUCAGAUUAUCACACCCAGCAAUAUUUCCCCUGCUCCUUCCCUGCUCCCUGCCCUCCUGGAAAUCCUCUAAAAAACCAAAAUAUUGAUUCCAUGGGAAGCCAGGCUCCGUUUUCAGGUGUUUUACUGAAAGGCUUCGAGCCCGCAGUCCCGGCUGUGUUUUUACCUCAGAGCUCCUGGGGUUAUCAGUAUGGAAUAUUGCCCCUGGCACAGGCUGGGUUUAUUUAUGCUGAUGCUGCAGCUCCUCAGCAACAUCUGCACUCAGCAAUCCCAGCUGGGAAAUGCAGCCCUGAGCUUUUUGUGCCCGGUGAAAUCCAGGAGUACAAAGGCCCUUGGGGCCAAUUGGAGAACUUGGAUAAAAAGGACUGUGCUUUACCAAAUGGCUCGGAUGAAGCUGAGGGUGAUAAAUGUGUGAAAAAGGAAAAUGGAAACAAAAAUAAAGGCGGGAUGAAGAGCAAUCCUCACACAAAGAUGGUGGCAGUGCAGGUAAAUCAGGAAGUUGCUGAUAGGGAAACCAAUACUUUGCCCUUCCAUCCAUUUGAAAAUCAACAAGGCGACAUUCUCCGCGUGGAGAAGGAGCACCGGGUGCUGCAGGAGCAGCUCAGGGAGGCAGAGGUGAAAUCCCAGCAGUCCCAGAGCAGGAGCUUGGAGGAGAUCGCAGCUCUGGAAGGGCUCCUGAAGAAAAGCCUUGAGGAGACUCAGGUGUCCCAGAAUGAGCUGCAUUGGUUCCACCAAGACUCAGAGGCACAAAUGAAGAAGUGGCAGCAGGAGAAGAAAGAGAAUCGAGAGAAUUUAAAAGCUCUGAAGGGCACAGCUAAAAAACACUCGGACACCAAUGAGAGGUAUUUGAAGAGCAUUGAUGAGAAGGAAAAGCAAUAUAAUGCAAGUGUAAAGACAUUUCUGAAGGCCAGUAAGAAAUUUGCUAAUGAGAAAGGCAAACUGGAAGAGCUGAUAAAAAAGAGUCAGAAUGACAGCCAGGAGUGUGAGAAAAGAGCUGUUAAAGCAGAGGUGUCCGUGCUGCAGACCUGGAAGGAAACUGAGAGCUGGAAGCUCAGGGGCACCAUUGCCAAGGCAGAGGGAAACCUCAGGGCGCUGCAGGCACUGGGCAGCAGCUCAGCUUCUGCAGCUCCUGUGUUGAAGUCCCAGAUUGAUUCCUGGGAAAUAUUUAUAUCAAAUGUCAAGAAACAACUGGAAAAAGUCGAGGCUGAGUAUGAGGAGAAGAUGGAGCUGGUGAGGAAGGGGGCCCGGGGCUGCCUCAGCAGAGUGGAAGUUGUGGAUCUUCCCUGGCCCCAGGGGUUUGUGGCAAUGCCUCUCAGAGCUCCCAUGUGUGACCCUGCCAUUGUCACCUACUCCUCAGCACCGGCACCUCCCGGUGCCCUCCCUGCAUUUCCCAGCUCCGAGGGAAAAGCUCCGGCCCAGCCUCCCCUGCCAGCACAGAGCGGGGCCAAGGCAGCCCCUGAGGCUCCUCCUGCCCCUGGCAAAGCUCCAGACAAACACCCCAGAGCUCCAGAGGGGUCACAGCCCACUGAAAUCCCACCCUCCUGCCCACCAGGAGCUGCUGGGGGCAGCUCCCAGCAUGUCCAGCCCAGCCAGGAUCCCUCAGCUCUGCCACAGAGGCCGCCUGCAAUUCCAACCAACAAAAAGCUUCCUAAAAAGUUUGGAAAUGUUUUAGCCCAGCUCCAGAGUAUCUUCCCAAACUGCAGCAGCUCAGAGCUCGUGGCCUCCCUCCUGGAGGUGCAGAGGAGAAACGGGAGCAGCCUGAGCCCCGAUGAGACCGUCGGAAGGGCCACGGAGCUCAUCCUGGACCAGCAGCUCAAGGCCCCUGCAGCAGGCAGAGCCCUGCCCUCCCCAGGCCCUGCUGCCCCAGCCCGCGCCAGGGAAGCGCCCUUGGAUGGAAUCGGCCCUGCCCCCAAAGCCUCCGGGGGUAAAAACCCCUCCCAGGCAAACCUGCAGCCCUGGGGCAAUGCUGGAGCAAUCCCUAAAGCCAAGUGGAGGAAGCAGGACAGUGCUGCCUGCAGUGAGGAUCCCUGCAGCAUCUGUCACGAUGAGCUGAGCAGUGACUGCUGUGAGCUCGAGUGUGGCCAUCACUUCCACAGAGAGUGCAUCCGGACAUGGCUCAGGCAGCACUCCAGCUGCCCCAUCUGCCGCGUGCACGCCCUGCUGCCCGAGGACUUCCCCGAGCUGCCCGCCUGGAACAAGCCCAGCUGAGCCUCCUCUGCUCCCUCCUGCACCAUCCCAGCUGGGAAGGGGCUGCAGCAGUGCUGGGGGACAGGACACAACCCUGGCUUCACUCGGGGGUUUCACUCCAAGAUCCAGGAUUUCUCCUGGUUCCUGCCUGGCAGCGCACAGCAUUGCUGCAUUUUUGGCUAAGGGACACUGAAAGUACCAAAUCCUUUUAGCAGUGCAUCAUUCCCUCAGAUUUAUUCCAGUAUCAAACAAGUAGGUGACCCAAAGGAUGGACCAAAAGAAUUGGAACUCAAAACAUUCCCUCUGGCAUAGUCUAGAAUUCAAGCCUGGGUUUGGUCUUUGCAGCUCCUCUCUCUGCACAAAGCCACAGCUGAGAACUCAAAUUGUUUAAAGAAUGACUUUUAGUCACAUUCUGAAGUAAGAAUUUUAAAUUCUUCAUUUGGAUCAGUUUUUAAAUCUCAAAAGAAGGUUGAAAUUUGAAUUUCGCUCCUUUUUGUUUAAAAAAGGAGGGAAAUUUCCCUCCUGGUCUGUUUAAAUGGGAAGGAUUUUUUAACUUUUUUUUUUAAAGGAUUUUUAAGUGACAGUUCCUUUGUACUUUGUGCAGGAAUGGUCACCAGUAGCAGGAGGGGCAGAAUUCCAACAGCUCAGGGAAUUUUCUCCCACUAUUUUAUGAGUCUGAAGUGGCCAGAGAACUUUUAACACAGACAAAUUUGUCCCUAACAGCCAAAGGUGAGGACCAGAGCCUGAGAAUCUUGAAAUUAAACCCAAUAUUCUGAAUCCAGGGAGCACCACAUGGAUUAGGAGCCCUUGGCUAAUUCCAGGGAUCACUUGUUCCCCACACUGCUUGACUCCUCCAGCUGAAGUUGUUAACUCCUCUCUCAUUUAUCAGUGUUUUACUUACCACUUUAAUAAAAAAUAAAAUUGCUUCUGCAGCCAAA